AUGAUGAUCUUCCGAUGUUUUAUUAUUAUUAUUUUCUUUUUACAAAUCAUAUUUUCAAUACCAGUGAUAAAGAAAAAACCAAAUCAUGAAUCUGAAUUAUCUGUUUCUGAUGAUGAUAAGCAUUGUUAUGCAUGUAAAGAUUCAGAUGAUGAAUGUGUUACACCAUGUCAUUGGACACAACGUUGUUAUAUCAAAGCAAAACAUGCGAAUGCAACCAUUCAUGAACGACAAUGUACAACAGAACGUUGGGCACGAGAAUUACUUAUUGAUGGAUGUAUAACAUAUAUGAAAACUUAUUGGUGUAUGUGUUCAUCAGAUAUGUGUAAUGGAGGUGAUCUUGAUUCAAUACGAGGAUAUGAAGAUUGUUUAAAAAAUCCAUGUCAAGAUGGAACAAUAUGUCUUGAUACAAAAGAAGGUUUUACUUGUAUUUGUGCACCUUGGCAAGAAGAUUGUACAAGAUCUUAUCAAGUUGGAUGUAGUUGUAAAAAUGGUGGACGAUGCGUGAUGAAUUAUGGUUCAUAUGGAUGUGAAUGUCCAUAUGGUUACACGGGAAUUAAUUGCGAAACAUUAACUGGUUUGGUUCCGGAAGAACUUCUUCCAUUAUUAUUGAAAGAAGCAGCAGUUGAAAAUGGCGAAGAAGGUAUGUAUAUGAUCUUAUCAAUUGUGAAUAAGAGAGAUUGUCUUCUAGAAUCUGAAUCUUCACCAUGUGCUGGAGAACCAUGUGGACUUGAAGGUGUUUGUAUUCCAAUGCCAGAAGAUAAAUAUGUAUGUUUAUGCCAAAAUCGUGUUAUUGCUGCGAAAAGUUGUAAUGAAGCACGAAUGGAUCCAUGUGCACCACAUAAUCCUUGUCGAAAUGGUCGUUGUAUCUCAAAUGAACGUGGUGGUUUUCAAUUGAGCAGUUAUUGUGCCAAAUAUAAUCCAUGUUUAAAUAAUGGAACAUGUCAUGAUGAUGGAGAUUCCUAUCGUUGUCAAUGUUCAGAUAAUUUCAUGGGUCAUCGAUGUGAAAGAACGGAAAAAAGUUGUUCAUCACCUCAAUGUUUUAAUGGUGGUGUUUGUGUUAAUACAGCUACAUCAUUUAAAUGUAUUUGUCCAAUUGAUUACGAAGGACAACGAUGUGAUAUGAAAUGGAAUGAUUGUGCUAGUCAUUCGUGUCAACAUGGUUCAACAUGUGUUGAUGGUAUUGCAUCAUAUACAUGUCAAUGUUCAAAAGGUUUUACCGGAAAAUAUUGUGAAAUUAAUAUUGAUGAUUGUCGAAUGGAUUCAUGUAUGAAUAAUGGUACAUGUAUAGAUCUUGUACAUGAUUAUCGUUGUCAAUGUUUACGUGGGUUUACAGGACGUAUGUGUCAGUAUGAUUUAAGUAAAUGUAAUGAAAGUCUUUGUCGAAAUUUUGGUACAUGUUAUUUGGGUUUUGAUGGUUUUGCUCAAUGUAAUUGUAAUCAAAUUUAUACUGGAGUUUUUUGUGAAACUCGUGUUCAUCCUUGUUUCCCGAAUCCAUGUACAAACGGGGGAACAUGUGUAGCCAGAGGAAAUAAAGUUGCAUGUUUAUGUCGAAAUAAAUUUACUGGAAAUCAAUGUGAAAAACGUGUUGAUGUUUAA